UCCAAGAACCACAUGGUGGUUUACAACUGUGCGGUCACUCCAAUUCCAAGGGAUUUAACACCCUCUUCUAGUCUCAGUGGGCUCUGGGACACACGGAAUACACACAAACUCAUGGGGACACACAAACUAAUUAAUAGAGACAUACAUUUAGUCGGGAAUGCAGGUAUGAUGGUGCACACCUUUAAUUCUAGCACUGGGAGAACAAAGGCAGGUGGAUCUCUGAGGCCAGCCUGGUCUACAGAGCGAGCUCCAGGCUGGCUAGGCUAUAUAGGGAGACCCUGACUCAAAAAGAUAAAAAUUUAAAUAAAUUCAGAAUCUGUCCUUGGGACUCAACAAGGACAAGCUACUUCCAACAGACUGUACAAAAAAGAAUGAAGGUUGACACACAGUUAAGGGGGGCUAUCAAUCUCUUGCCUUAAGGACUCUCCUGGCCUCACAGGCUAAAAGACAAGGCAGGAUGGGUAGAAGAUGGGUUGGGGAGGGACCAGCCCUGGCUCCGCCCUUCCCACUUGAGAGCCAUGGAGAGCCCAGGUCCUGGUGAACUACCCCUGGUGCAAGCGCCCUACACUGUUCUGCUGCUACCCCUGGGGACAAGCCAUCAAGACCCAGGGGCCCAGAACUUCUUCCUCUGGCUGCAGAUGAUGCAGGCUCUGGAGAGGGAACAAGAUGCUCUGUGGCAGGGCCUGGAGCUGCUGGAGCAUAGCCAAGCCUGGUUUGCAGACCGUCUGAGGGAAACACAGCAACGGCAGCUGCAGCUGGGGGCCCUUGACUUCGGGGAGGGGGCUUGUGGAGUCAGGUUGAUUCGGCCUUGCCCGUAUCCACUGGAAAAACUGAUUCCUGUGCAGCCCAGGGCCAGGAGGGAAUGCCAAGGCAGAGAACUUGUGGCAGCGAUGGGAGUUGUCAAAGCAGCAGAAAGGAGUCAGCCAUCGAACAGGAGAGGUGAUCAGCCAGGCUCCCCCACCAGGAGCAAAGGGGCCUACCCUUGUGUAAACCCUCCCCUCCCUGCACUGGUGUAAGGAGUGGGGUUGGAGUCAGAGUCCCCUGCCCCUGCCCCUGCCCCCCUCAUCUAUUUAAUCUUCAUUCAGCAGCCAGUGGCUCCAGGCUGAGAAA